UGUUCGACAAUUUAUCCCAACCACUAGUUUCUCCGUAGGCUUUUUCAUUGUGACUGGAGAUGUUUUCUCGGACCUUGUUCAACUCUGUUAAGCCACUCCACUCCGUAAUUACACAGCAACUUCGAUCCUUCUCCCGUGAUCCAUUCCCAAACAAACUCCAGCACUACCUUUCCCGAGCUACCCUCAUCGACUCCAUCCGUCUCACCCUCCGCUCCCCACCCGUCUCAGAGACCGACCUAACCACUCUCCUAAACCACCGUCUCCUCGAUUCCUUCGUCGUCAAGAACGCCUUACGCUCCUCUCCUUCCCUCUCCUCCGCUUGGUCCAUCUUCAAGUCCCUCAAGAAGAUUAAACCUCAACUUUCAUACGAAGCUGAGACGCUCCACGCCUUCGCCACCGUUCUCGCAAAGUUCCACCGCUCUUCACAGCUCAAGUCUCUUAUCGGACUGGUCCACGCUGGCAAAUUCGGCCAUGUUCAUCUCAGCUUUAUGAACCUCAUGAACUUGUACGCAACCGCCAGUGAUUUCGACUCCGUUCUCAACACCUGGGACGAGUAUAUAUCCUCAGGAGAGGGGAAAGGAUGCUGCACCGAGUCUUGUAACAUUGUGAUGCAAGUUUACGUGAGCUUAGGUAAAGACGCUGACGCUGUGCAGACGUUUGAUCAUAUGAUUAACAACGGAGGGAUCCCGAAUUCGAGAACGUUCACGAUUAUGAUUGAGCAUUUGGUGAAAUCAGGGAAUCUUGAUGCUGCCAUGGAGGUUUUCGAGACCUUGCCUUCGAUGAGGAUCACGAGGACUCUGAAGCAUUACUCUGUUCUGGUCGAAGCCUUUGUUGAUGCUCAGAGGUUUGGUCAAGUCAAGACUCUGCUCGCUGAGAUGAAAUCCGAUGGGAAGUUCCCGAGCAGACGCAUGUUUGAGCCUCUGAAACGUAUGAGAGAGGCUGGAUUUGAGGAAGAAACUGGAGAGUUCUUGAGGGAGAUGUUGCCUGAUGAGAGAGUCAAGGACGUUUCUAUGUAUUCCAUGUGCAAUCCCAGCGAUAGCGAAGAAGAAAAGGAAGAAGAAGAGCCCGAGCGUGAUGAUGCUCAGGUGAAGUUGAAGCCGUGGCUGGAUCCAAAAGCUUUAGCUAAUUCGUUAAAGAAGUGGAACUCUGAUACUGUUACUGCUUUGGAAGAAGCUAACUUCGUCUGGACGAAUCUUUUGGUAUGCAAGAUGCUGAGGAACUUUAGAUCCUCUGAAACGGCAUGGAGUUUCUUCUGCUGGGUGGCGGUUCAGCCUGGGUUCACCCACGACGCCUACACGAUUGAGAGGAUGAUGGCUAUGUUAGCACGCAACGGGGAGGUUGAGCUGGUCGAUAAGCUCAUCUCCAAAGUGAGAGUAGAAGGGAUUAAACUACCGUUCAGCACCAUCAGGCUGAUCAUUGAUCUCUACGGAGUUUCGAAGAAACCAGAAGCAGCCAUCAAGGUCUUCCGCCACGACAGAACAACACUCUGCGGUUCUGUUUCGGGUUUCAACCUCAUGCUGUUGUACUCAUCGCUCUUGAGAACGUUGACCAAGUGCAAGAGAAACGCAGAAGCUCUGGAGACGCUGGAAGAGAUGGUUUCGACCGGAGUGUCUCCGGAUAUCCAGACGUUUUCGGGGUUAAUGUAUCACUUCGCAUUGCAGGGAGAGAUUCAGACGGUUCAGAGGCUUUUCUCGAUGGUGAGACAGAUCGGUCUGGAGCCGGAUCCUUACAUGUUGAAGCUUCUUGUCCAAGCUUAUUGCAGAUGCGAGAGAUCAGUGCUUGCUUUCAGAGUGUUCCAAGACAUGAAGGACUUGAAUCUGAUCCCUGACAGAGAGACGAAAGAGCUGCUUGUGAGGAGUCUGUGGAGAGAAGAGAAGCGCAAAGAAGCGGCUGCGGUUGAAGAAAGCAGCUACUGCGACGAGGAAGGGGAUAGUAGUAGCGUUUUGCGUUUGGUGUUGAAGGGUCAUGUGUGGAAUUUUAGUUCAAGAGACAUCGCUAGAGUCUACAAUCUCUACCGCGAUUGUAUUUUGAAAACUCCUAGUUAACUUUUGUUUCCAGUUGUUUUCUCUCGGCAGCUGAAACCGUUUUAGUUCUAUUGGUCCAGUGAUGUUCUAUUCAAA